AACACAUUUUGCAUAAGUGUGACGAACUCUAUGUUAAAGAACUUACAUUUCACUCUUUGAUUCAUUUGUGGUUUUAUAUAAACGCAAACGUCUUUUAAUUCAAGUUUUAAUGCAAAUAAUUUGUUGCCAAAUGAAGGUCUGUCUGUAAAGGCAAACAAAUAACUAUCGCAUAAAUAAGUCUAUAAAUCAUAACAAUUAAUUCUGUCUCAAACAACCGGAUCUUUUAUGAUCCUUGAAUUGGCAUAUAUUCUGACUUGUGAUGCAAACAAGACUUAUCAAGAAUUACUCCCUUCAAAGACUUAAUGCGUCCGAAAAUGUUGUCCAGAUUAAGACUUGCGAAAGAUUACACAUCUAUUAUAUUAAUAGUUUGAAACUAUUUAAUGAAUGCACUGUCAGUCCAGACGUGAGAAGUGUGUGCGAAAAGUGUGCAAAAGUGACGAAAUCAGAUAUGGCUUAUCCCCUGUGCUGUAGUCAAAGAAGUGACAGAGAAUGGUGUCAACUAUUCCUGGAUUACACGUUAUCUCAGAAAUAA